ACAGUGAUAAGAUUAAGAAAAACGAAUGUAACUUGAACUCAAAGUCAUUUUUAGUUCUAUGCUGUAAUGCAACAUAGGAAAUACCUGAAACCUGUAAAAGACGAUUGUUUGUUUCCUUUGAAUGUAUAUCUCUAGUAAACUCUUUUUUGCUGUCCAAGUGGCUUGUUGUUUAUCUAUCAUUGGUUUGAUCGGCCAUGCGGGGUUUUUCGACAGGGACUAUUUCGGAGCUUCCCCUUCAGCAACGUGCCUCUUGCUUGUAGCUUGCUCACAUCUUGUCCUAUGUACCUUCAUUCUCUUGACGGCGAUAACCACCUCCAAAAUAUACGAAACUCCAUUGAUUUGUGUGCACGAUCUUCUGUUCUUUACACUUUUAGUGGCAACAGGAACAGCGUCCAUCUGGGAAUGCAAGAGUUUCGAGUCAAAAGAAGAGAAAGAAAUAGGAACUGCAGGUGCAAUUGCAAUUUUCACGGCAUUCGUUUCUAUGAUUGGCUGCUGCACUUCAUAUAAAGUUUGUGAAAACAUGAAAUCAUUUUAAUGAAACUAUUAAAAGUAUAGUAACACUAAGAUCA